CAACGGUUUUACUCCGAACCUAAAAUUCUAUAAACCUUCGACUAGGCCUCGAAAUAUUAAUCGUAGCAAAACUGUUUUUCAUUAUGAGGCCUAAAUUGUUGGUGUGUGUAGGACUUGUAGCACUUCUUUGUACUUUGUCAUCAGCUGAAGACGUCAAUGAACCUGACGAAGAUGAUGUUGAAAUAGAUAGUGAAAAUGAGCCAGAAGAUAAGGUAAGAAAUGGAAAGUAUUACUUUUGAUUGCUUCAAAUUUGCCGGUAUCGCUGACUUUGUUCUAUUUUUACCGUUUUACAGGGCAAAGAGAAAAAGAAAGCGGCCGAAACUGAAGCGUAUCAACCCCCAGAAAUCGCUUUAGAGCAUGAAGAUUCUGUUUUUCUUGCGGAACCAUUUGCAAAGCGGCAGGAAUUCGAAAGCAGGUAUUAAAAGCUAAACUUCAAAUUCUUUACCGGCUUAUGUUCAUUUAGUUUUGCAGUGUGCGUGUUUUUUAGUUUGCACAGUGACAAGCCUUUUUCUGGUACGCGGUGCACAUGUGUGUAAAUAGGCUCUGGUUUUGACAGAACACUCCUGCAGGUUGAAGCAUAUUUUGCAAGCGUUGAAAAUACAUAUUUUGUCUCUUUUACUAACUAUAACCCUAUGUUGUCUUUCAAUUCCUACAGCAUAAAUGAAUUUAUUUUCAGCAAAGAUUCUCAACAACUCUGUGAUGUUGCAUGUGGAAGUUUGAAAGAAGUUCAUCUUUUCUUUACUAUGUCCCACCCUAAAUAACAUCAUCUUUCUUCCACUAAAUUUCCACCUAUUUUUUGUUGUUGAGUAAUUUGGAAUUAUGUCAAAAAGUUUGUCCCUCUGAAGGACUAAGAUUAAAGGGUAAAAUACCCUUUUAAAGUGCAACAGGUGUAGAUGCUAGCUAUGUAGAUCCUCAGGUGAUCUGUUAGACAUUGUUGUUGCAUAUGUUCAGGCAAAUAGUUCAUGUAGCUCAGCAAUAAUUUAGGUGACAAAAGGGUGUUAUAGUGUUUUUUUACAUACUAAACAGUAGUCUUCAUCACGUGUGGCCUAAAGGCUUGUCAUGCCAUCUCCUUAAGUCCAUCAAGCAAUAAUAUUACUCGCUAUGACUGCUCUGCACAGCAUUAGAGAAUGCAUAUAAUAAAGCAGGUUUUUUCCUUUUAAGAGAAGUCACCAAUGGAGGCAGUUUUGCUGUAAAAAUGGUCCACUAUCCAUUGACCUUCUCUCACAAGCCUAGACGUUAGAAUGGCCAUUUGUCGUAACAAAAAUACUGCUUGGGAGGUUUUCCUGAUGGUUAUAAAACUCUGUUUGCUGGUGUUAAGACUUCCAAGUAAAUGUCCUUGCUGUUGUACAAUUAAUGUUAAACACACUGUUUAUAGCUUUGUGACUUAACAUAUGUUCAUUUUGUUUAAUAUUUUCAGAUGGCAGAAAUCUGAGGCUAAAAAGGAUGGAGUGGAUGCUGAAAUUUCCAAAUAUGAUGGUAAGUCGCUGUUAGAUUGAAGUAUCUGUCACUGUAAGUUAUUCCAUCUUUUGAAUCAUAUGUUUUGAGUGACAGCAACAAAAAAAUUCUUUUAAUAGUAGUUUGUUUCCAAGGAAGCAGGAGCAAAAAAAACUCCUUCUCCAGAUAAUGACUUUUUGGUAAUCAAUCCACUAUAACAAUUUUUGUACUGAAUCACUAUCAUUUUUACUCUCCAGAUUAUUUUUCCUAUCCCUCCUUUGUAAAAAAAAAAAAAAAAAUGAUAAAACCUUGUAGUGCCAAUUUCCACCCUGGCAACUGGUGGCUUAGCAACAUGAAAGCAGACAUAACCUCAUACUCCUACAACCUGCUGUUUUUGUCCUGUUUUCCCUUGUAUUUUAUUGCUCACCGUAGAGCCUCCAGGACCCUGAGGGUUGUGGGUUCGACUCUUACCUGGAGUUCAGAAUUUUUUCUGACCUUUCUGGUGUUCGAAUUCUCCUUCUUCCAAAUUCUCAUGCAACAAAUCUGAAACAAUGAUUUCAUUAGGCUUUGGCAAAUCCUAAUAUCACUAUCACUCAGGUGAAAACAAAAUUGAUCUUACUAUGGUUGCGGUAUUAACUUGUACUUUUGUAUCUUUAUUCAAACCUUAAAAUUGUUUUUAUUCCUCUGUCAGGUGAAUGGUCGUUUGAGGAGCCAUCAACUAAGUUAUUCACUGGAGACAUUGGACUGGUUCUCAAGGUAGUUAUAAGUUAUUUAUUUAUUUUGCUGAUUUGCAGCUGACAUCACGGCAGCAAUGCUGGUGGACAAAAACAAAAGCAUUUCCCUUCACUGGGAUCUAAAUUUUUUUUUCAUUCAAAUGAACCCAACUUUUUUUAUUAUUCUCUCACCAACAUGGCAGCCUUGCCACAUGGCUGCAAACCAGGAUUAAGGCUGUACCCUGUAAGGUUUCAAGUUGUGGGGUAUCUGAUGUUAGUAGACAGGGAAUUGAAUGGCUAGGAAAUUCUUUUGGUUGUAUGAAAGUAGCCUGGGGUCUUGCUCAUAACAGCCAGUGGAAACCCAGUCAUCAGCGACAUCCUUACUUUUUCCAUCAACCAAUAUUUUUGUGCCUGGCAACCAUUUGUGAAUGUUGGUGAGAAAAAGGCGAGUUGAGCUUGGAGUGCUGAUAAUGAUGUGACAUGGAAUGCAAUAAUGAAAAGGGAAUUUUAUUCUUUGUCUUUUUUUAGUCCAAGGCAAGACACCAUGCAAUUUCAUCAUUGCUGAAGAAACCAUUUGAGUUUAAGGACAAGCCACUUGUGGUACAGUAAGUGCAAGAUAAUAAUUUAUUAUUAUUAAACUAUAAUAAUUAUUUGUAUAAUAUUAAUGUCAGGGAAUGUUAAAUGCAUUGUAAUAUUAUUUUGUUUUGGGAAGGCUAUUUGUGUAUUUUUAACUGGAGUUUGGCAGGGCUGUCACUAAGAUUUCAAGUUGGAUUGAUUAGGCGGAAAAUAGCUAGGGGAUCAGGCUCAUAGUCACCAGGAGAAAUCGGUAGCCCCUUGCCUGUAGUAACAGCCCAUGUCAGGAGGGAGUCCUGUAAUGUAAGAAAAAUCUUCCCCUUUCUUUAUUCUUUGAUUUGUGUCUUUGGUGUUCAAAUAUUGAAGAAGUCAUUAAAUAUAUUUUUUAAGAUAUGAAGUGAAAUUUCAGCAAGCAAUGGAAUGUGGUGGUGCCUAUGUCAAGCUCCUUUCAAAACAUGAUGCACUUCAGUUGGUAAGUGUUUUUAAUUUACAACUAUGAAUAUUAUUACUAUAAGUAGGUAUGAUAUUAUGAUCAUCUGAGUGUGUGUAGUCAUGAAUAGGACUGUUGGUGAUAAUUAAUUUAAAUUUUGUGACAUUUGAUAAAUCCAUUGUUAGAUACAAAGCAACUGUAGACCUCGGUUUAAGAGAUCUUUGGAUCCCCAGAUCUCUUCUUUAGUGGGUCAAUUAAAGAAGAUAAAUGCCUUUCUAGUCUACAGCAUAAUUUAUGCUUUUAUGAAACUGUUCAUGACAAAUCAUGAAAUGGUGUUUAGAUAAAAGCGUCAGGCAAACUGAAAAUGACUUAGAACACGGUCUUGUUAAAGACUGGUUAAACUCUGUUUAACUAACCUGCCCUUUCAGUUUACAGUUUUUUUAGAACAUAGCAGCAACUAAAAUUUAUGGCAUAGUAACUGAAAUUGUUGGAAUUUUUGAAAUUCAAAAGCAGGAAGCUGAUAUUCAUAUUUGACUUCUGGUUCAUUCACUCAUUCUCAACUUCUGUGGUUGGCCAAAUUGCUAACUUGCAGUACAUAUUUUUGACAUUUUGAUAUUUUUCUAGAAUGAAAAAAUUCUGUCUUGUCUCUUUAAUUCAGAAACUCUUCCAUGACAAAAGCCCGUACACCAUUAUGUUUGGACCAGACAAGUGUGGUGAAGAUAAAAAGGUGAGUAUUAACACAACCAGCUAAUGAUAAAUGGUCUUUUUUUUUCAAUAAUUGCUUAAACCCCCAUGUAAAAUAACUUGAGUUAACAUUAUCAGUGUCUCUUAAAUCAUUUUGGGCGGUUGAGUCCUUUCAUACAAUAAUGAAUUCUGCCUAAUAAAAAAAUUAAUAAAUUUUCUUUCAGCUUCACUUCAUUUUUAGGCAUAAGAAUCCAAAGACUGGUGAAUAUGAAGAGAAACAUGCAAAGAAACCAACUGGGAAUUUCCAGAGUGUUUUUGAUGGCAAGAAGACUCAUCUCUUCACCUUGGUAGUAAGACCAGACAACACCUUUGAAGUGUUUGUGGACCAAGCAAGUGUUAGCUCUGGAAGUUUGUUGGAAGAUUUCACUCCUCCAGUCAACCCUCCUAAGGAGAUUGAUGAUCCAGACGACAAAAAGCCAGAGGAUUGGGAUGAACGAGAGAAGAUUCCUGAUCCUGAUGCGGAAAAGCCGGAUGAUUGGGAUGAAGAUGCACCUGCAAAAAUACCUGAUCCUGAUGCAAAGGUUAGGCUCAGUGUCUCAUCUGCAUUUAGCUCUGAGAAUAGUUCCUUUCUUGGCUUGUUGUACUUUGGAAGAAAAGUAAUAUGCUAAUGAAUUUAUGUACAAGGGUAGAUUUUCAGAUGUUCUUUAAAGGCUGUUUUUUUAGAAAACGUAGUGAUGAGGCAUAUAAGGACAAUAUGAUUUGAUCCUGUGGCAUAUAUCAAGUCCAGUGACUUCACUUAUCUUGGGUCUCACAGAGCNCAAGCAAGUGUUAGCUCUGGAAGUUUGUUGGAAGAUUUCACUCCUCCAGUCAACCCUCCUAAGGAGAUUGAUGAUCCAGACGACAAAAAGCCAGAGGAUUGGGAUGAACGAGAGAAGAUUCCUGAUCCUGAUGCGGAAAAGCCGGAUGAUUGGGAUGAAGAUGCACCUGCAAAAAUACCUGAUCCUGAUGCAAAGGUUAGGCCCAGUGUCUCAUCUGCAUUUAGCUCUGAGAAUAGUUCCUUUCUUGGCUUGUUGUACUUUGGAAGAAAAGUAAUAUGCUAAUGAAUUUAUGUACAAGGGUAGAUUUUCAGAUGUUCUUUAAAGGCUGUUUUUUUAGAAAACGUAGUGAUGAGGCAUAUAAGGACAAUAUGAUUUGAUCCUGUGGCAUAUAUCAAGUCCAGUGACUUCACUUAUCUUGGGUCUCACAGAGCUCAGUGGUUGUAGAAUUCCUUUUUACGGACCACUAACUUCCAAGGUCAAGGUUUAAUUAAUUCGCAUUGGGCACAAAGAUUUGUUUUCUUGUUGUUUGUUUUUGUUUUUGUUUUUGUCUUCACUUUUGCUGAGAAAGACUCGAACUUUUACUGGAAUGGUUGUUCAUACAGCUGUGUGGAGGUGUUUGUUUACCUUGUUCAUACAGCUGUACAUGGGUGUCAAACUUCCUGAUAAGAAAUGAUAAAAAUUUUUUUACAACUGUAGAAACCAGAUGACUGGUUAGAUGAUGAGCCUGAGUUUGUACCUGAUCCUAAUGGGGUGAAACCAGAUGACUGGGAUGAGGAGGAGGAUGGAGAAUGGGAAGCACCUCAAAUUGGUGAGUCUGACAUGUAUAUAUUGGGCCUGGCAAAGUGCUGUCUGAUAGCAGGGUGUUCAUUAGGCAUUAGAGGUCGGAGAAUUCUCCAUUUGCUUGGAAGAAUUCUCCUGCAAAUGUUUAGUAGCCUGUGACUGUUUUUUAUCCAGACAAAGAGAUUUUUCAAAAUAUUCUCCCAUAAUGUUACAUCUUACUCCUGCUACUAGAAUCCUUAAUGAAAACCCCGUCGAUAGACCUGGAACAUCAUCCAUUUGGACUUGCUUGAUCCUCAAAGUUUGGGCUGGUUAACUACAGCACCAAAUAUCUUCUCACAAGAUUUAAAAUUCAUCACAAUCCAUGAAGUAGGUCAACAAAAUCAAUUACCUGAUCACAGAAGAUGAACACAAAUGUCUCUCCUUAUUUUGACAACUUCUCUCCAACUUUGUUGGGGAAUGAAGCUUUAAGAAUCCCAACUAGUUUGAGGGUAGAACAGGUAGCAAUUUACAACUGUGUAACUUUGAGACUUUUCUACCUCCUUUUCAUGCAGCAAAUCCAAAAUGCGAGAAGGCUGGUUGUGGUGAAUGGAAACCUCCUGUGAUAGACAAUCCUGCUUACAAGGGAAAAUGGUCAGCUCCUCUUAUUGACAAUCCCAAUUACAAGGUACAGUGUAGUGUAUUAUGGACAAGCUCUAUCAGGAAAAAUACACCUAUUUAGAGAAAUGAUUUUCCUUAAACAUUUUGUUUGAACUGCUGGUUAGACUGGACUGAAAUUGUACCCUUUGAGAGUUUCCUUUUCAUUGUCUUUCUCUUAGCCAGGAACUGGUAUCUAUUUUGAACGCUACUAAAUCACAUGAAUGAUCAUGCUGUAAAAUCACUUUUACACUUCCCUUCCCUGUCGUAUGCACUUCAUUUUGUAAUGUUAGGGAGUUUAAGCAACCAUGAUGACUACAAUAGUGAAAAUGUCGCUAAAAAAAAUGUAUUUGCAUCCGCUCAAUCUGCUCAAUUUGUCAAAAGUAGGCGAUUUUUCCUGGAAUUGAAUACAUAAGGAUUUUAUUCUGCUUUAUAAAGGGAAAGGAAAAUUUGUAGUCUAAUGUUUAGGAGAUUUCAUGUUACAGUUGUGCAGUGGACAUCAAAUUAAUUAGUUAACUAAAAAGCAUGACGCAUGUGCAGAGCCAUUGUGUUGCUCAUUAAAACAAUUCUUUUUUGACAUUGUCAUUCAUCGUCAUGGUGAUUGCUUAAGCUUCCUGUUACUACAGUACUAGUGAAUAAUUCCAUGUAAAAACUGCUCGUUGAAGUGCAGUUAAGUGCUUAGGUUACAAUUCAACAUAGCUUGUCAUUUUCAUUUCCCAUUAUAAAUGGCCAGUUCUGAUGAAAAGUUUUCCUUAGUAUAAGUUGUCUGCCUCUGGCAGUAUUCUGUUGCAGUAAAUGAAAUACCAAAUUAAUUAAUAUAUUGCAGGGUAUCUGGAAACCCAGGAAGAUUGCCAACCCUGAUUAUUUUGAGGACAAAGAACCUUUCAAGAUGACAAGUAUUGUAAGUGAAAACAACUUUAAUUAAAAGUUAUUUUUCUUGACCUUGACCUUGACUUGAUGCACAACAGUAGUCUGCUGUUUCCAAGAAUUGAAACUUAUUCCCGCAUAAUAUAGUGCACUUAACUCAUGCUGCCGUUCCCUGCCACAUCAUGUAUUGAUUGCACACGUUACAGAAGAAAUACAAACAAGGAAAUGGCUGAUAGCCAUUGCUAUAAGAAGAAUGUAUUUGUAUGUAUUUGUUAGAGGUAAAGAGCACUACUCACAGCAUGCUGUUAUUGUUCUCUCAUUCUGCAAGGAACUGUACUUAGUAGGUGUACAAUCUUUUUGUCUUGUAAAACAUUGAUGUCAUAGUCAUACAUAUUCAUUCUUCAUGUGUGUUGUUUGCCUGUAGGCUGCUGUUGGCCUGGAACUCUGGUCCAUGACUCCUGAUAUCUUGUUCGAUAAUUUUAUUAUCGCGAAUGACAAGUAUGUAGCUGACAAAUUUGCUGCAGACAGGUAUGAUUAAAAAAAUAUAUAAUAAUCUUAUUACUGUGAACUACUACAAUUUUGAUGCUGUUAAAAAAUAUGUUACUGCUGGCUAAAGUUGUUGACUCUCCUUUUCAGCUGGGUGAAGAAAAACAUCAAAGAAACUUAUGGUGGAGAUGAAGAGGUCAGCAACAAUUUUAUACUUUAAAAAUCUUUUUGUAGUUAUGUAUUUCUGUCCUUUUGUGUGUUUUGCAAAAGGCCAAAAAAUGUUUUAGCUAGGGAAAUUCGAGUUCUUAGAGUAGUUUGUAUUUAACAAUGUUGUUUUUUGUGCUAUUUUAGGGUGGAAUAGUCAGUAACCUGAUGGAAGCUACCAAUGAGAGACCUUGGCUUUGGGUCCUGUUUAUCAUUGUUAUCAUUUUACCAUUUGUUUUAAUUGCUGCCUGCUGUUUCCCUGGAAGUAAGGUAUAUGCCUGGGUGAAUGAAACUUGUAAUGUUUUUGUGCACAGCUGUUUUGUAACUAUUAAAUGUGCACUGACAAGUUAUUAUGCCACUCAGUACUAAUAUUACAGUUAACUCCCAUUACCUCGAACUCCUGAUAACUCGGACUUUUUUUCAAUUUCCCUUGAAGGUUCCAGUUAUCGGGAGUCAACUGUAUAUGUAUAUCUGCUCUGCUGUCCUAAGUAUUAUAUCUAUACUGUAUCUAUUUUUCUUUGCCAUAAUAUACAAUAUCAGUCUUCCCAGAUGUUCCCCUCUCCUUCUUAGUAGUAUUUCAUUUUCCGUAGUUAAUACAGAUACAAACUAUAGAGGAACAAGUCAGUAUAGCCUGAGAAAACAGCCAACAUUUUGCAAUUCGACCUCUGUUUUUCCCUUUGAAAUGACGUCUGAGGAGCGAGUGCAGAAAUGCCAUACUAAUGACAUGUCACUACCCAGCGGCGCCACGAAAUGUGGGCUCUUUUCUCAGGCUAGUCAGUAAAGUCAUUUGUAUUUUGCACCAAUCAUUUAAAUUGUUUGUAGAGUGAUGCUGCUGCCAAGAAGAAGAAAACCGAUGAACCAACUGAAGAUGUUGCUCCAGAAGACAAUGAGGUAUUAUUGUCAAAUACAUUUUACAAUAUUAAAGAGAACAUUUUCAAAAAUUUGUCUUAAAAUAACAUCCAUCAAACUGUCAUUUGUUAAGUGUAAAGGUUUCUAGCUUCUGCUAAGUCCCUUGUGCAGGCAUUAUUUAGGUUUCAUUGCAGUGAAUGACUUUGGUUGUUUUGUCUAGAUGUGGUGCUACCAUACAAAAUGGCCACCAUAAUCUGAACAAUGAUGAUGAAGUUCAAAUGUAUUGAAUAUGUUACUUUAACAAUGGAACUUUCAUUGUAGAAUGAAUCAGAGAAAAAGGAAGAUGAAACACCAGCAGAAGGAGGUGAAGAGGUGAGUGCAAUAGUGCUGAAGAAACUGUUAAAAAAUGUCAUUUAAAGUUCAUUCAUUCAUUCACUUAAGAUGAGAUUGGCUAAGCUGUGAUCACUGUGUUCAUGAGGGCAUUAUUGUCUUGUUAACUCAGGAUUACUUUUUUUUGUAGGCUGAAGAAAAAAAUGAGGAAGAAGAAAAGGUGAGAGAAAUAAAAGCUUUGGAAGUUCUUACUUAA